GCCCAUCUCUAUCUCUCUCUCCUUCCUCUUCUCUCUCUCUCUCUCUCGCUCACGUUAUUUCGUUUCAGUCUCUGUAGCUAUCAAAUAUUUUCUUCUGAGAUUUUUGUUUCUCCAGCCGCAAUUGAGUGAAGAUCAUUCCGUAUCUCCCCGAUCUGAAUUUACGCAGAUUCAAACUUUGAGAGAGAGAGAUUUAGGUUCAGGAUUUGCAAUUAUAAAAAACCCACUAAUGCAAAGUAGUGUGCAUCGUGAGAAAGGUAACUCGAUCACCAUGAUCUUGGAAACUCGGAGGAAUGUUGAAUUCCAACAUAGGAAUGUCGAUAACCGUCCCAGGAAACGGCCUCGAUUGACUUGGGAUGCUGCUCCUCUUCCUCCGCCUCCGCAGACGGUAUUUCAUCCUCCGGUUUACUAUGGUCCGGAGUUUACCAGUGGAGUAGUUCCUACUUUUGUUUACCCAAACAUGUUUUAUAACUCCCUUCCUCCUCGUCAGGGCUCUCCUCCCUGGAGACCAGAUGAUAAAGACGGCCACUUUUCCUUUCUUGUUGGAGAUACUUUAACUCCACGAUAUCAAAUUCUCAGCAAAAUGGGUGAAGGUACAUUUGGACAAGUACUGGAAUGUUUUGAUAAUAAAAACAAUGAAGCUGUGGCCAUCAAAGUUAUACGGUCCGUACCCAAGUAUCGUGAAGCUGCCAUGAUUGAAAUUGGCGUGCUGCAAAGGCUCUCAAGGCAUGAUGUUGGUGGUUCUCGUUGUGUGCAAAUACGGAAUUGGUUUGACUAUCGUAAUCAUAUUUGUAUUGUAUUUGAGAAGCUUGGACCCAGCUUAUAUGACUUUCUCCGCAAAAAUAGUUACCGUUCAUUUCCUAUUGACCUUGUUCGGGAGCUUGGCAGACAACUUUUGGAGUCUGUAGCAUAUAUGCACGACUUGCGGCUUAUUCACACAGAUUUGAAGCCAGAGAACAUUCUUCUGGUCUCGUCUGAAUAUAUCAAAAUACCUGAUUAUAAGUUUCUGUCACGACCCACGAGAGACGGUUCAUACUUCAAGAAUCUGCCAAAGUCAAGUGCCAUCAAGCUCAUUGAUUUUGGAAGUACAACUCUUGAACAUCAAGACCAUAACCAUAUUGUAUCCACAAGGCAUUACCGCGCACCAGAAGUUAUCCUAGGGGUUGGAUGGAACUAUCCGUGUGACCUGUGGAGUAUUGGUUGCAUACUUGUUGAACUUUGUUCGGGAGAGGCUCUUUUCCAAACGCAUGAAAACUUGGAGCACUUAGCCAUGAUGGAAAGGGUCCUAGGACCAUUACCGCCUCAUAUGGUGCUCAGAGCCGACCGGCGUUCCGACAGAUACUUCAGGCGAGGUGCAAAAUUAGACUGGCCUGAAGGUGCGACAUCAAGAGACAGCUUAAAAGCAGUAUGGAAACUUCCCCGGUUACCGAAUCUGAUAAUGCAGCAUGUGGAUCACUCGGCAGGCGAUCUGAUAGAUCUGUUGCUAGGGCUAUUACGAUAUGAUCCAACUGAGAGGCUCAAGGCAAGGGAAGCACUGAACCAUCCUUUCUUCACAAGAAGCCGGGAACAGAGUAUUCCCUUUAACCAAAGCCCUCAUCCAUUUUUAUAUAACCACAAGAACUAAAAAAAGGAAGAAACUGCAGAUUAAUGUUUGCAUAAAAAUCUGCAGUUUCUGGUUUACUUGCAUAUUUUCAUGUAUAGAAAAUGAAAAGAAAAAGAGAAAGGCAUGUCCCUUGCUUGUUUUCUUCAGUCUGUUGUUGUGUUUGUUUCUUGUGUUCAUCUUCCGACCACGACCAAGGUUGUCGUUCCGUGGCGGUUUGAAAAGAGUUAUUACAGUUUACACCUCAAAGUCAAUGUGAUAGUCAGUGUGUUCA